AACGAUACACAACAUGACACUGGCAGAAUCGCUACUUAUGAAGAAAUAGUUGAUUUGCCACAGAAACCAGAAGUUUUACUUAUUGAUGUUCGUCAACCGGAGGAAUUGGAGCAGGGAAAAAUUCCGACGGCUAUAAACAUUCCAUUACGUGAAUUGGAAAAUGCUCUCAAGAACAUGUCUCCUGAAGAAUUCAAAACCAAAUUCGGAAGAGAUAAACCAACAUUCGAUACUGAAAUCAUUUUUAGUUGCCGUUCCGGAAAACGAGCAAAGGAAGCUAUGGAAACAGCAUUGGGAUUGUGUUACAAGAAAUCAAGAUACUACGAAGGUAGCUUUUUAGAAUGGAGCAGCAAGCAGAAGAAACAGUGAAAUUGCAGGGUUAAUCAAAUAUUUUAUAUGAUACACAUAUUAUUUACAGAUAUGAUCAAACUAAGUAUUACUUGUGUGUGUU